GGCGGGACCUGAGGGUUGCGGGGGCGGGAUCGGAGCAGGGGGCGUGGCCAGAGGGGGAGCUGCUCGCGCGUGCGCUGUGCUCGCGCUCCCUGAGGCGGCGGGAUGGCGGCGGCGGCGUUCCUGGCCCGCGGCGGCGGGACCCCCCGGGCGCUGGCCUUCGGGUGCCUCCGCCGGCUGCACACCGUGUACCAGAGCGUGGAGCUGCCAGAAACGCACCAGAUGCUGCGACAGACCUGCCGGGACUUCGCAGAGAAGGAGCUGAUGCCCCUCGCGGCGCAGCUGGACAGGGAGCACCGCUUCCCGGCCGAGCAGGUGAAGAAGAUGGGUGGCUUAGGGCUGCUGGCUAUGGAUGUGCCAGAGGCCUACAAAGGAUCAGGCCUCGACUACCUGGCCUAUUCCAUUGCCGUGGAGGAGAUCAGCAGGGGCUGCGCGUCCACAGGUGUCAUUGUCAGUGUCAAUAAUUCUCUGUAUUUAGGGCCAAUACUCAAGUUUGGCUCUGAAGAACAGAAGCACCAAUGGAUUGCUCCCUUCACCAGUGGUGAUAAAAUCGGCUGUUUUGCACUCAGUGAACCAGGAAAUGGCAGUGACGCGGGUGCAGCAUCCACGGUGGCACGCCUGGAUGGUGAUGAGUGGGUUCUGAAUGGCACCAAGGCCUGGAUCACCAAUGCCUGGGACGCCUCGGCCACUGUGGUGUUUGCUACCACGGAUAAAUCCCUGAAACACAAGGGCAUUAGCGCGUUCCUGGUUCCCAUGCCAACCCCUGGGCUGUCACUGGGGAAGAAAGAAGACAAGCUGGGAAUCCGAGCCUCUUCCACCGCCAACCUGAUAUUUGAGGACUGUCGGAUACCCAAGGCCAACCUCCUGGGGCAGCUGGGAAUGGGCUUCAAAAUCGCCAUGCAAACUUUGGAUGCAGGAAGGAUUGGUAUCGCCUCACAGGCUCUUGGCAUAGCACAGGCAGCUAUGGACUGUGCUGUGGAUUACGCUGAGAAGAGAAUGGCCUUUGGGUCGCCCAUCACGAAGCUGCAGGCGGUGCAGUUUAAGCUGGCCGAUAUGGCUGUGGCCUUGGAGGGCGCGCGCUUGCUGACCUGGAGAGCUGCUAUGCUGAAAGACAAUGGGAAACCUUUCACAAAGGAAGCGGCGAUGGCCAAGCUGGCUGCAUCAGAAGCUGCAACAGCCAUUGCUCAUCAGGCCAUCCAGAUCUUGGGCGGGAUGGGCUAUGUGACAGAGAUGCCAGCAGAACGCCAUUACCGUGACGCUCGUAUCACCGAGAUCUACGAGGGGACCAGUGAGAUCCAAAGACUGGUGAUAGCAGGUCAGGUGUUGAAGGCCUACCGGAGCUGAAGAAGCCAACGAGAGCAAGACGCUGCCCUGAAGUGCCUCGCAAAGGUGCACAGCAGCAUUGAGUCUUGGCCCUCGUGAACGAGGCUAAUGAUGGAAGUUUUCCUCAGGACUGAGUAACUGACCGUCUUGUUAAAGUGUGCUGAUUCUUCUUUGGACAAACUCUGGUGCACGGAAGGCUGCAUCUAGGCUUACAAGUGAUGGCUGUGAGUGCAGGAAGGAGGAGACACCUGUCCAUGCAGGAGAGUGUAGGUAUUUUCCUAAACUGGAGCACUGGUUUUGUUUAGUUGCAGCAAAAUGAUUUUGCUGGUCAGUGAAGUCAGCAGCUCUCCUGUUUUGCAGGGAUUUGUCACUAUGUGGUACUUGAUAACCAAGGGACAGUGAGGGACAGCACCCCUCUGCCCAGUUCCAGGCUGCAGGUUACACUGCUGUAGCUGAUCUAAGUGGCAAUAAUAGUCUUUUAAUUGCUACAAGCUCUGGGCAACAAUGAGGAGAGGAACAGAUGACACAGAAAACCUUACCAGGAAGCUGUAGCAGUAGCACAUCAGUUAUCUUUGACAAGAAAUUAACUUCUAGAUGAUUCAGCAGUCAAAAGAAAAGGUCUAAGCUCAGGAGGAGAGGAUUAAGACUAGGGCCUGUAUGGUCUGCCCCUUGUCCAAAUUAUGAGUACACUAGAGGUAAAUGGUUAUUUCCCUGUAAUAUGUUAUUUAAUUUGUGUGGACAGAAAACCAUCAGGAUUCUAUUAUGCAUCAGAGAGCAGAGAAGACAAAUAAAACAUGAUUUUAAAGGA